UUUACUGUAAGAGCCUGCUGAGCGUCCCACGUGCUGUUUCCGGUCGUACUCGGAAGUACGAUUCUCGGCCGCAGUUGAGACGUUUAGUGGUUUACAGCGGUGUAGGUUUUCGUAACUGCUCGUCGCGGAGCCAGUCCUCAGCCAGUAUGUCUAACAGGAAUAAUAAUAAGCUGCCCAGCAAUCUUCCGCAGUUACAGAAUCUGAUCAAGAGGGACCCGCCGGCCUACGUGGAGGAGUUUCUGCAGCAGUAUAAUCACUAUAAAUCCAAUGUGGAGAUUUUCAAAUUGCAACCAAAUAAACCCAGCAAAGAGCUGGCAGAGCUGGUGAUGUUUAUGGCACAGAUUGGUCACUGCUACCCAGAACACUUAAGUAACUUUCCUCAAGAGCUGAAAGAUCUUCUUUCCUACAAUCACACUGUCUUGGAUCCAGAUCUUCGAAUGACAUUUUGCAAAGCUUUGAUCUUGCUGAGAAAUAAAAAUCUCAUCAAUCCUACAAGUUUGCUAGAACUCUUCUUUGAACUUCUGCGUUGUCAUGAUAAGCUGCUGCGAAAGACUUUAUACACACAUAUCGUGACUGAUAUAAAAAAUAUAAAUGCAAAACACAAGAAUAAUAAAGUGAAUGUAGUGUUGCAAAACUUCAUGUACACCAUGUUAAGAGACAGCAAUGCAACUGCAGCCAAGAUAUCCUUGGAUGUGAUGAUUGAACUCUACCGAAGAAACAUCUGGAACGAUGCCAAAACUGUCAAUGUGAUCACAACUGCGUGUUUCUCUAAGGUCACCAAGAUAUUAGUUGCUGCUCUGACAUUCUUCCUUGGGAAAGAUGAAGAGGAGAAGCAGGACAGUGACUCAGAAUCCGAGGAUGAAGGACCAACAGCACGAGACCUGCUGGUGCAGUAUGCCACAGGGAAGAAGAGCUCCAAGCACAAGAAGAGGCUGGAGAAGGCUAUGAAAGUGCUCAGGAAACAAAAGAAGAAGAAAAAACCAGAGGUGUUUAACUUUUCAGCUAUUCACUUGAUUCAUGAUCCCCAAGAUUUUGCAGAAAAACUGCUAAAGCAGCUAGAGAGCUCUAAGGAGAGGUUUGAAGUGAAGAUGAUGCUCAUGAACCUCAUUUCCAGAUUGGUGGGAAUUCACGAGCUUUUUCUCUUCAACUUCUAUCCCUUCGUGCAAAGGUUUCUGCAGCCGCACCAAAGAGAAGUAACAAAGAUCCUUCUGUUUGCUGCACAAGCAUCUCAUCACUUAGUACCCCCAGAGAUCAUUCAGUCACUGCUGAUGACUGUGGCCAACAAUUUUGUCACCGACAAGAACUCGGGGGAAGUCAUGACAGUGGGAAUCAAUGCUAUAAAAGAGAUAACAGCUCGCUGUCCCCUAGCUAUGACUGAAGAGCUUCUCCAAGACCUGGCACAGUAUAAAACUCACAAAGAUAAGAAUGUAAUGAUGUCUGCUAGAACUUUGAUUCAGCUCUUCCGAACACUGAAUCCUCAGAUGUUACAGAAGAAAUUCCGGGGUAAGCCUACAGAGGCCUCCGUAGAAGCAAGAAUACAAGAAUAUGGAGAAUUAGAUGCUAAAGAUUACAUUCCAGGAGCAGAAAUUCUGGAAGUUGAAAAAGAAGAGGAGAAUGCUGAAAACAAUGAAGAUGGGUGGGAGAGUGCCAGCCUCAGUGCAGAGUCAGAAGACGAUGGGGAGUGGGUUGACGUAAGCCACUCUUCCGAUGAAGAGCAGCAAGAAAUCUCCAGGAAGCUGAACAGCAUGCCCGCAGAGGAGCGGAAGGCCAAAGCUGCAGCUGUCAGCACCAGCCGGGUUUUAACACAGGAAGACUUCCAAAAAAUCCGCCUGGCCCAAAUGAGGAAAGAACUUGACGCUGCCCCUGGGAAAGCCCAAAAGAGGAAAUACAUCGAAAUAGACAGUGAUGAAGAUCCCAGGGGCGAGUUACUUUCUCUUCGGGACAUUGAACACCUUCAUAAAAAGCCAAAGUCUGACAAGGAGACAAGACUAGCAACUGCAAUGGCUGGGAAGACAGACCGAAAAGAGUUUGUGAGGAAGAAAACCAAAAUGAAUCCAUUUUCCAGUUCUACAAAUAAAGAGAAGAAAAAACAGAAAAACUUCAUGAUGAUGCGGUAUAGCCAUAAUGUCCGCUCAAAAAAUAAGCGUUCCUUCCGAGAAAAGCAGUUGGCACUACGAGACGCACUUUUGAAAAAGAGAAAAAGGAUGAAGUAACCUGGACAAGCAAGUUUCCAUUCCAAGAAAAAUGUUAAAUUUGUGUCAGUACUGUGAGAAUUAAUAAAUGAAGAAUGUUUACAUUAAAAAGUCCAGAAACACUAUAUUGUGAAGACAAAAGUAAAUUUGGCAGUGAUUUGGUAUUUUAUUUUGAGAUGGAUAAUGGUGGGAAUGCUUGAAAUGUAAAUAGUAGUAAGGUAAAACAUUUUCAUAAUCCCUCAUUCAAGGCAUUCACAGCCCAUUCAGAGGAUGUGGGGGUAGGUGUAUAAGUGUAUUCUCAGUACAGUGUAAAUAGUUCUGUCGUAGAGGUAGUCCAUAUUUCUGUGGGGUCCCAAAGGCCUUAUGGAUGAACUGUGCAGGGGACUGGAGUUACAUAUUCUCUUCAAACAAAACAGGACAAUGUUACAAGAGUAAGAGGUUCUUACUUGUAAAUAGGCUUACCUGCCAAAAACAGGUCAGGUCCAUGCUGUACAGAUUUCGGGUAGACAGUUUAGCUCUUUUAGUCCAUCCAAAAGAUUUAAUUCCUUUUUUUUUUCCUUUUUUUUUUUUCAGUGAGUGCUAGGUAAAAACCUCACUUUUUACAUUGCCUUAAGUAUAAACAGUAAUCUUGGAGUGUCUUUAUCAUUUGGAUCACUCACUCUGCCACAGAGGGAAAAGAAAUCAAAUUGGUUUCCUUCUUUUUUCACCGUGUUAUAUUUGUGUGCAUAAAAAGGCUUCUCGUGUCAAAUAGGUACUCUUUUAUGUGUUGAGUGGCUGUGUUCCCUUCCCCUAGGUGUGCUUGAGUGGACUUACAGGGACACGAAAGCGUGGUCAGUCUGUUUGCAAGUUGUUGCAUUUGGAAAUUUUGGUGCCUUUUACCUCGGAUUUAUUAGAUAAUAUGGUGGUAGAUAAGAAAAUUACUCUUUGUUCUUUAAAUUAAAGUCAAGAGCAAUUUUCUGCCCACUGUGAAUUAGAAAGCAGCUUCUAAAACUACUUUUCUUGUUCCCUUUCCAGUAUCGUCUGUUCACUUUCUAAGUUCAGUUUUAGCUUUAUUUGAAUGAAGCUCUGUGACUGUGGCUUAGUUGUAAAGACCUUGAGGUUUAAUGAUUAAACUGCACUGGCCUAGUGCAGAGAGCUCUCAGAGUCAACCCCAGCAACUUCAGUGUUUCACAGAAUGUGUCUGAUGCAAAUUUGAAUGCUGCAGACUGGGAACUUCCCUGUUUUCUGUUUGCAUUUUUGAACUGAGUAUCUCCUGUGUCUAGCUCGAGAGAGAGGCAAAGAAAAUCAAAAUGGCAUAGCAGUGAGGUCCACAGCUUUGCUGCAUGAAUUGUGAUGGUGCCUGAAGUUUCAUCCUUCGCCAGACUUUCCCAUCCUACUUAGAUGCCAAGGGACCGAAGUCCAGUCUGUGUUCUGACUUCUGUUCUACUGUGGCCUCACCCUGCUCUUCACUGAACUCUAUGUGCAAGACAGAAAACUGUCUGGCUUACAAAGGUGCAGUCUUAACUCUGUUUUCUCUCUUUAUUCCCAUGGUAUCUUAUCUCUAUCUAUAUUGUUCCUUUUACUACUUAUAAAUCUCUUGGGAAUAUUUUCUGUUUACUAUAAAUUUGAAGACCACAUUCUCACAAGGCUGGAUGCUGCCAGCAAAGGCAGAGGGACCUUUCAGGGUGACUUUGAUUUUGAAGAAGUCACCAGCGUCUCAGCUUCAGCUUUUCAGUCUCAAAUUUUUGUCAGCACUGAGAACAGAUCCCUUCCUGAGAUGAACUCUCAUUGUCCAAGAUUACAAUAUGUAUAAAGCUAUGUAUAAAUCCAGAGUGCUAGGUGUAGAUCUAGAGUGCUGAUAGUAUGUAUGUGAUUUUAGCACGUUCCAUUGGAAAAUAAACACAAAAGUCAGAGUCUGAUCCUGUCGUAUCCCCAAUGCUUGGAAACCUGACCUACCUCAUUGAUUGUUCUUGGGAGUUUUGAGAACUGAUAUUUAUAAGAACUUUCCAUGGUAUUGGCCUCAAAGUAAGCAUUAAAUUUCUCACCAAAAGUUAGAUAUCAGUUUUUUAUUUUAUCUUUUGUUUAAUUUACUUGACAUGACAAUUGCAGUUGCUACAAAUAUUUGUUUUACCCCUCAUCCAUUUUGGGGAACUGAUUUGAAAUACAUGAAUGUGUAUCAAAUGCUUACUAUGUGCCAGGAAUGUCAAACUUAUUUUCCCUGGGGGCCACAUCAGCCUCACAGUUGUCUUCAAAGGGCUGAAUGUAAUUUUAGGACUGUGUAAAUGUAACUCCUCCUUAACAGUUAGGCAAGAACGCAGUGCUGCUGCUGGGUAGAAACAAGGUGGCAGGCCAGAUACAACAAGGUGGAGGGCCAGAUUCGGCCCGUGGGCCUUGUGUUUGCCACCUGUGCUAUAUGCAGAGCACCCUGCUAGAUGCUGUGUGGGUUGCAACCACAAUGUUUGUGCCGUUUAGAAACUUUGAAUCCAAUGAUGGGAAUAGACUUACAAAAUAACUAUAUAAUACAAGGCCACUUAUGGAGACAUCAGAAAAGGCACAGCCUAGGGCGGGGGCAUCCUGAAGAAUGGGCAGUUCAGCUGGCAGGAGCGUGAAGUGCCUGUGUGCUAACAAACUGAGGCUUGGGGUGAACAGGGCAGCCUAGGAAAUACGUUCCUGAAUCAUAAAAGAAAAAGUUAUGGUUUAAAAAUUGGUACUUUUUAAAGGUUAUAGUUAAUAUAAAUUUUGUUUUUAUUACUUCAUACUGUAAUUAUUUGAAACUUUAUAAUCUAUGUAGAAUAUUGUAUGGAAACUCUGUAUUAAUCAGAAUACAGAGUUUAAUCAGUUGGAAUAUUUUGUUUUUCAAACUUUUAGAUUAACAUUUUUUAAAACUGUUGUACUAAAUGACAUCCUUCCACUGUAUAUAAAUAAAACUAAAAAUUAUCGCUUACAUAUUUUUAAAAAACACUGAAUAUGAAUAGAAAGGUAAAUUACUGACAUGGAUCCUUUUCUCUUUUAAGAGGAAAUAACAUUUUCUGACAUUACAGUUUUUGGUGUGUACCUCUUUCAAGUGAAACUAAGAAUGGAAAGCACAGCUAAUUCUGUACUAUUUAAAUACCAUAUAUUUGUAUAGGGCAAAGUUUAUGUGGUAAUUUUCUUUUUUCCUGCAAAUUCUGCUUUCAUUGUUUUGUCAAUUUGAUCUCAGUAGGAAAUGUUUACAAUAGGAAAUGCUUGUAAAUGAACAAAACAAAGUAUUUAUAGUAUAAUUUAAUUAUGCAUGAGAGAAUAGGGAAUAAUAAAAGUCCAAGAAAUAUGCCAAAUAUUGAACAUGGUAUUCUUUGGUGUUGGAAUCAUAUGAGCAUUUUUUCUUCCUACUUUUUGAAUCUUUUACAAUGUACAUGUUUUUUACUUACGUCAUUGUGUAAGAAACAACUGUAUUUGAGGCUGGAGAAUAAAGGUGCCUUAAGACUCA